AUGGUAAAUAUGAAUGUGUUGAAGGGAAGUUCAGUCUUAAAGCGGUAUGACGACAUAUCAACUUUUGCUCCUAGAGAAGAAAAAAAAAUCACAUGCUGCACAGAGCAAAGCGGCACCGAGCCUCCACAAAUCUCCGUCCUCAACAUUAACCCUCAAAUCUUUCACAAUGUUCGUGCGCAUCGAUGAACACCCUACGCGUUCCGCUUCUACAUUUAAAACGUCGCCGAAUAGAAGCGUUGCGUGACGCGAAAUGUCUUUGUUUAUCUGUGCGUUUUCUCCGACUCAGCGUCGCCGAAAGUCCAGUUCGGUUUUUACGUGAAGCUCCAAAAAUCUAUGAAAUGUGUUUGCAUGUUCUUCUGGAUGUAGAGGUGGGAUUGCGAGAAUCGAAAGGUUGGUGAGCCCACACGCUCAGCUUCCCAGAAAGUACGUUUAGCAAUAAUUCACUAUUCUCUUCCUCACGCGCUCGGCUCGGUCGAAGGCUACAUGAUUUCUGGAAGUGGAGAAUAAGCUUUUUCUCCCUUCUUUUUGCCAUCAAUCUCUACGACAGGCUUGGAGAAGGGGCGCUCGGACAGUGGAAGCCCUCCCCUCUGCUCGGAUCUGCCUUGAAUUUGUAAAAUGUAAAGCAGUUUUAAAUGUGAAGUUUGAAUCUGGAAUAUUAAGUGUACAGGUUGCUGGCGGAAAGAUGUGGAUGAGGGCUGAAGUCUAGAGUCAAGGGCAUCGGGGUCUGCCUGCCAUUGGCUGGCCGUUUUGCCCGUUAAGGGGAGGCUCCACCCUCACCUGGGCACUGAGCGGAUUGCGAGCGCUGCCUGGCUCCUCCCUCGCCAGCCCCGUCCCCUCCCCAACCCCGCCCCCCCUCCCACGCUCACACCCCGGUGCUGGACCAUGUCUGGCGGACAGCCGGAGGGCAGCCGGACACCCAAGGCCCAGGACCAGGACACGGACCAGGACAAGCGCAGUUGUGGGGAAGACAGCCCCGUUAUCGAACGCCGCAACCGGAGCGGCAUCAUCAGCGAGCCCCUCAGCAAGAGCCUUAAAAGGUCUCGAACCCUCUCACAGUACACCGCCGCGUGCCCCCAGACCGCCAACGGACUGAAACACAACGGCCAAGCCAAGAGCCACGCGGCCAAGCCCCAGCCCGCCCAGCAGCAGCCGCAGCAGCCUUCCGCCUCGGCCUUGGUGCCGAGCAAGCUGGACCGAACCCUGGAGCAGAUGCUGGAGGGACAGAAUGGCCUGUUACACUUUGCCCAGGCAGCUGCGCUGCUCAAGCGGGCGGGCAUGGAGCACAUGCUGCUGCCAGGGGGAAUGGGAGUGGGUGGGAGCGAGGUGGGGACGGUCGACCUGGAAGGAGCGUCGGUGGCCGACACGGUGGGAGGUCACACAGACUUCCCGUAUGGUGUGGGCAGCGGUGGCUUCCCCUUCAACCCGGGGCUGUUCAUCAUGACGCCUGCCGGAGUCUUCCUCGCCGACAGUGCACUGCACAUGGCUGGCUUGACGGAGUACCCAGUGCAAAGUGAGCUGGCCUCCGCCAUUAGCUCCGGGAAGAAGAAAAGGAAACGCUGUGGGAUGUGCCCACCUUGCCGGCGCAGGAUUAACUGCGAGCAGUGCAGCAGUUGCCGGAACCGCAAGACAGGCCACCAGAUCUGCAAGUUCCGCAAGUGCGAGGAGCUCAAGAAGAAACCGUCUGCUGCACUGGAGAAGGUGAUGCUGCCGACGGGUGCAGCGUUCCGGUGGUUCCAGUAGGACUGUGACCUCUGACCUCCACCCAAAACUCUGCCAUCAAGUGCAAUGCCAACUCUCGCUUGGAUCAUCUCGGGCACCAACACUGGCUGACAUACACAAACUACAUGAAAAAAAAAAAAAGAAAGAAACACAAGACAACUAUGAAAAAAAAACUUCAUCACAAGAUACAGAACAAUAAAACAACAAUACAAAAAGAAUCAAACGAGUAAUGGAUGCACCUACUUAUUCCUUGAACCAAAAAUUUAAACAUAAAUAAAAAUAUCUAUGGCAACUUUCAUUCCCUUUUAUAUGUUUCCAUUUUGGUACCUUUUUGUCCCUUUUCCAGCAGAUUUUUUCUGUGUCUUAGACAUGGAACUGUUCAUUGACAAACAGAAAUGGCGGACUCAGUGUGGACAAUCAACAAAAUUUCUGUGUUUGGUGUUAAUGUUGUUCACGUGUGGAAAGAUACAGUACUUGUGUAGAGAAUGUAAAUUUUACGGCUAUAUUUUAAAAUUAGUGGCUAAUGGCAAGCACUAUUGUAAUUUAGGACCAUUGUUCUUACUUAUAUACUGUAUUUUAUGAUUGUUUCUUUUUUUUAAGUUUGAUUUAAAUUUAGAGUUUUAAAAACCGAUCAAUGUUUGUCUUUCAAUGGAGAGUAAAUAUUCCAAAAACUACAAAUCCAGUUUUCUGAAUGAACAAAUAUGCAUCAUAAAAAACCCUACUCUGACGACGACUUAAUUGGACAAUAAAAUUGUCAUUGUUUCUGUAGGGUUGUUACUACUGGAAGCUCCAAACUUUAAAUAUUUCAGUUUGUUUUACUGUACUGACAGCCUUUUGUUAUAUCAAGUCAGAUUACAUCAUAUCAUGUCGCGUAGUAUCACGUCGAAUCACGUUCCACGUGAUGUUACAUUUUAUUACGGCUCGUCACAUUAUUGUUCUCUGUGUACAGGUCUGAAUUUUUAUGGAGCCCUCCACAGCGCUUGCUCGGCUCUAUUGAACGCACUGAAAAAGUUUGAACUUUUUUUUUGUUUUGUUUUGUUUUGUUUUCAUUACAUUGCCGGUAGCUACAUCUUUUAAAAAAAGCAGCAAUGUUUGUAUUGGAUUAGAACCAUGGGCUGGUUUUGUGAAUAAAAACAAAUGCAUGUAUUUGUGUCGAAAAUUUACAGCUCUGACGUCUGUCUAUUUGCAUGUUUUUUAAGAAACAGCAACAAACGUACAAAAACAAAUUAUAACAAUAUGGAAAUGUUCGCAGAAUCCUCUAGGUUGUUCCCUUUUCCAUUCAAGCAGUAAAAUAAAAAGCAAUGGGACAAAAUAUGUCAUUUUGAGAUGCGAUAAAGAUGUUUUAUCAAGA